GACAUCCUCAACUGCGACAAGAGCCCACGCGACACUUUGUCCGUGAUAAUGUUGCCGUCUGAUUGUACAUCCAGUGUCAUUCCCCUCCCCCCUUCGGUUUUUUUCUCUCCUGCCGGUGUCACACUAUAGCUAGAAACUCUUCUAUGAAUGUUGUAUGAGCUAUAAUGCCUCGCCCCAGCUUUCCCCCGACGCCGCAGCCCUCCACCGAUAUCACUGGCAAGAGCAGUGCAAAUGCUCCACACAUAGAGGGUGGUUUCGCCCUGCCUCCAGCAGCCCUGCAUGGCCGAGGCAGUGUUGCCAGCUCGUCUGCGCCAUCCGAGGCCGCUUCAGACUCAUCCUAUCGGCCACCAUCGCCCGCUUCUCCCGUUGCUACCUCAAAACCUAGCCAGAGCCGCAAGCGUUCGAGUACAACGUCUCAGCAGGGUAUAGUCACCAAAGAUGACUAUUCUCUCCCACCUCCACCGACCAGGUCGCGCAAGAUCAUACAAAUGAAGCCCAAGGACACACAAGAUCCAAUCAAGGCACAAGUCGAGAAGUCAGAUGCGAAAGUCCCAGCCGAGAAAGCUGGUGGAGGAAAGAAGAAGCAAGCAGGCAAUGCUACAGCUGCAGGCCGUAAGAUUGCGCGGAAAACAGCCCACAGCUUGAUCGAACGACGGAGAAGGUCAAAGAUGAAUGAGGAAUUUGGUGUACUCAAAGACAUGAUCCCCGCAUGCCGGGACCAGGAAAUGCACAAGUUAGCAAUCCUACAAGCUUCCAUUGAAUACAUGCGCUACCUCGAGCAAUGCGUCGCCGACCUCAAGACAGCCAAUCAAGCACGACAUGGCUCGCCCUCGUCUGCCGCGUCAGACCUGGCACCACCUCCACUCAGACACAACCAAGACGAAGACGAAGAAGACGACGAAGAAGAUGAGGACGAAGAGAUGAGAGAUGUGGUCUCACCAACUCACGUGGUCAACGACGUUCCGAGGUCCACCUACUACUUUGCCGCAGCGUCACCCGCUAUUCUCCCCUCUGACAAAGGCAGCGUACACUCACACUCUACAACCACCUCCCCUGCUAUGCACCCUCAAGACAGAAAUAUCUACUCUGCGCACCCUUCGCCCGCACUCCAGCCUUCAGAUCCACAUCGCUACUCAUUGGCAUCGAUAACAUCACCCUCUCUUACCGCUUCUCCCGCGUUCAGUGCACAAGCUUCGCAAACCCCUUCAGCCGCUAUGUUCAGCAACCCUUUUCGCACCGGCCCUCCGAGUAGUGGACCAAUGCCCGUUCCCGGUUCAGCUCAUGGCGCAACACCUUUCGCCUUGACAUCGCCCGCACUAGGGCCUCAAGCAGACCGCGAGGAUCAGAUCGCUACCGAGGCUCUCAUGAUGCUGAACUCAGCGGACCGCAGGAGCUGGUCAGGGAACGGUGCUCGUGGCAUGAGUGUAAGGGACUUACUCAGCGGGUAAGAUGUACGAUGAUUUAGGUGGACGCCUUGAGCGUUCCAAGGUGUUCUGGAAGACAAAAUGGGUGGACGUAUUUGAAUUUUGAAUAGGUGUAUAUACACAUUUCGCAAACGCCGGCGGUUUUCUGGUAUGCACUUU